UGAAAAUCCAUUUCCGUCAUGCAAAAAAACAAAAAACAAAACAAGGAUUUCAGUUUAUUUUUGUUACUGUUUUUUCCUCGUAGUUUUAUUUUUGUCUGAGUCUUGCAGUUAUAGUGCGUUUGUUUAAACAUAUUGUUUUUAGCCUCCGUGUUUUUUUCUCUCCGUUAGUCUUUGUUCCCCCCCAGUUCGCAGUGAGUUUGUCAAAGAUGGCGGAGGAGAAAGGGAAAAGGGAUGAACCCAAAAGUGAGGAGCAAAUGAUGAAGGAGCUGGUGGAUGACCUCUACGACUUCCGAGAUCAUUAUUAUGAGACGCACGGCGCCGAGCAGGUUGGAAAGAAGCAAAGCGAUGUGACCCGACGGAUGGAAGAAACCCUGAAGAAGCUAGAGGACAAAGAAAACUGCUUUAAGAACAAGGCCGGGUUUUUGCUGCUGAAAGGCAGGUGUCUGAAUGUGGCUCCGGACUUCUGUCCCAGAGCGGAGGAGUGCCUUUCCCGUGCCGUUAAGCUGGACCCCAGCCUGGUCGAGGCUUGGAACAUCUUGGGGGAGCAGUACUGGAAGAAGAAAGACCUGAUCGGAGCUAAAAACUGCUUCACUGGUGCUUUGCAGCAGAGCAAGAACAAUGUGUCUCUGCGCAAUCUGUCUAUGGUUUUGAGGCAGCUACCAGCAGCCAACGGGGAGGAGCAUCGCAAGCAGGUGCUGCACAGCGUAGACCUGGCCCGCCAAGCUGUCCAGUUGGACGUUAAGGAUGGAACGUCUUGGCAUAUUCUGGGAAAUGCCUUCGUGUCUCUGUUUUUCACCUGUGGUCAGGAUCCAAAGUUCUCUCAGCAAGCGCUGAGUGCCUAUGCAGAAUCUGAGUCCGUGGACAAAGCCGCCUCCUCUUUCUCAGAGCUGCAUUUCAACAGAGCGACCCUGUUCCAGUAUGAGGAAAUGUUCGGCUGUGCGCUCGCAGGCUUCAGUCGCGCGGCAGCGUUGGACCCGAGCUUGGAUGAACCUCCAGAGAGGGAAAAUCAGCUGCUGGAGUACCUGAAGAAAGUGACAGAACUCAUUCAGAACAAGGGGAAAGUUAAAGCGCGUCGAUUACGGACGAUGCUGUCAAACCUCAACACGUCAGCGCUGGGCCCGUGCUCCUCGCCUGUGUUUCGAUCCCCGUCUGGACGCGUGGGAAGCUUGGAGCCUCGAACUCUUUCCUCCCUCAAGCUGGGCCAUAACGCGGGGCUGGCUGCUCUGGGGAAGGUGGUUUUCAGCCUGGCUUCUGAGGGUCGCAUGGCUUUUACGUUUGGGAUGGUUGACAGUGAGGAGACGUGUGUGGUGGUGAUGGUUUAUAAUGCAGCCAACAGCUGGGGCGUUCUGAUAGGCGACUCUGUGGUCAUUCCUGAGCCUAACGUCAAGCGUCACGUCAUCACACAUAAAGACCAGUCUUUUGAUUUCAAAAGUAUUCGAGUGGACUCUCCUCUGCUCCUCAUCGUUAACGGCAAGAAGCAAAACCUCCAGAGUCAGAUCCCUGUUUCAGUCAGCUACAAGCACCACAGCGAAUGAAGCCCCAAGAACAAAACCAAAACCUACAUGUUCAUUUUGUAAAUAUACAUUAUACCUAUGUUUGUAUUUAAUUCAUGCUCUUUUAUUAUUUGUGUUCCAACAGAGUUUUUGUUAAUAAAAAAAAAACCCUCCCAUAA